AUGAUAAAUAAUUCAUAAAUGAAAGUGCAUUUUCAAGAAUACACUUCUCCAGGUAAACCUAAAAGGAGACUUAUUUAUAACAGAAUUAAAUCAUAUAUGUAAGCCUAUGGACUAUCUCCAGAGAUCUUUGAAAUCAAAGGUAAAUCGGUAGUUUUAAAAAAUAACAAUUCGAUUAAUCAAAAUUACUUAAAUAGAAGUAUGAUGCCAGUCAGACCCAGUAAUUAGAAACCAAAUCAAAAAAUUUCUAUUCAUAGACCACAAACAGCCUCACUAAAGUAACCUAAUAAUUUUGAUUUGCCUAUUUCAAAUAAGUAUGCUAAUCUAUUCAAUGAAAUAAAGAAUGCUGAAAAUAAAAUGCAAUUUUAAUAUGCUAAAAGAGCUAAUAAGUCAUUGAUUAAGGAGGAGGUAGAUGAAACAUCAGAGUAGAGUUUUAUAAGGAAGCAUGAUUUUAUGUUGAAGAACAUAUCAAAACUUGAAAAGUAAGUAAAUCUAUGACAAUGUUAGGGUUAAAUAAAUGAAAGUUUAAGAGUUAGAAAUAAUAUAAAGUAAAAUAGAUGAAGUUAAAAAUGCAGAUAUCAAUAGUUCACAUUUCAUUAUAAAAAAGAUUGUACAUAAAUCUACACUUAGAGAGAAGAAGGAUAAGGCAGCCUCUUUAAUAUAGGCUCAUGUUAGAGGUAGGAUUUAUUAGAAAAGAUAUAUUUUAUAGAAAAAAAAGUAGGAAGAAAAAUUAAGAAAAGUUAUUUGUAUAUAAUAAUGGUGGAAACUAUAAAUGAAAAAUUUAUUAAUAAAGAAAUAGUUUCAAAUAACUCAUCAUUCCAAAUAAGUAAGAUUAAUAGAUGGACGUACUUUUGUUAUUGUUACUAAUUAUUCAUAUAUUUUAUAUAGGAUUAGAUUAUAAUAUAUAGAGAAAUUGGGAAAAUUGAAGGGAGAUUAUAGAUUUUAUUUAAAUUUAUAGAAUUGUUCAAAUAUAUUAAAUUAAAAUAUAUCAAAAGAAUCAUUUUAAUUUGUAUCUUUAAUUAAUUUCAUUAUCAAUUACUUAAUUAAUAUAAUCUAAAUUUAGGAUGAUCAUUUAAUUUUUAAUUUUUAGAAUUAAAAUAUUAUAAUAGAUAUUCCUAAUUUAAUGUUAUAAGUUAAUUUAAAGGCAAAUUUUAUAAUCGGUAAUUAAUACUAAUUAUUAAUGUUUAAUUAAGAAGAGGUAUAAUAGGAAUCAAUAAAAAAGGAUUAACUUAAAUAAAUACCAUAGGAACAUAUUUAAAUAGAAAUAGUAUAAAUUGAAAAUUAAUAAGAAAUCAUAAAGUAGGAUUAUUAAAAUUAAUAAGAUGUUUCAGUUUAUAAUAAUCUGAUUGAAUAAUAAGUAAAUAAAUAAUCUAUUAUACUAUCUUCCAAAAAUAUUUAAGUUUAUUAAUCAUCAGAAACAAAAGAAAAUGUAGAUUAAUAAGAAUUUUAUGAAGAAAAUAAGAAUGAAGUAGUAUAAAGAUAAAUAGUAGAAAAUUAAAAUUAAGAGGAUAGUUCAAAGAUAAUUAAUAGAUAAAUUGAUUUGAAUAAUUAAGGUAUAAUCGAAAAUUAAGAUAAAGAAAUUAUAGAAUAGUAGAUUAAAAUUUAAUAAAAUGAUAAUGAAUAUAAUAAUCAAGAAUAAAAAGAUAAUUAAAUUUAUUCAGAUGAAUUGAAGUAUAAAUAAAUUCAAUAGACAAUAAAAAAUUAAGAUUAAGAUAUAAAUAUCUAAUAAAACUUAACAACGUUUUAGGAUCCUUAAAUUAUAUUAAUACCAAUAUAAGAAACUCAUUCAUCUUAUUAUAAUGAUUAAAAUUUGAACUUAGAAAUACAAUAAAUUAAUUAAAAUAGUUUAUAAUCAAGCAAUAAUGGAUAAUUGUGUAAAUCAAUAUAAAUAAUAAGAAAUGAGAUACCUUCUAUUAGUUUUAAUAAAUAACCUGAUUAAGAAGAUAUAAUGCAAACUAAACAUGAUAUAAAUUAAGAGGAUAGUACAAAAUGUUAAUAAGAAACUUUUUAAAUAGUAUAAUUAAAUUAAUAGGUGAUAACUUAAUAUAUAUAAGAAAAUUCAUUGGUAAAUCAAGAAUAGAUUUUAGAAAUAAUGUAUUAAGAUAAAGAUGUAGAAAAUAAACGUAUACAGUUUGAAUACUUAGAUAUUAAGGUAAAUAAACCUUUUGAAAUUUAAUAAAUAGAAGAAGAUCAAUAAGAAUAAAUAUUAAAAUCAGAAUAUAUAAUUUGUUAGAAUAGUAAUAUAAUAUCAUAAAAAGAACCAUCAUAAUAGAGUUUUAAAAAGAAGGAUAAUAAUGUAAAUUAAUUGUAAUAACCUUCAUAAAUAGAUUUUCAUAUGCUUAAAAGUUGUGAGAGUAAUGUAUUUGAACUUCCUAAUUCUGUUAAAGAUACAGUCAAAUAUUUGAAUUCUGGAGAACUGUUAAUAACUAAAACUGAUUUUCUUGCUUAAUUGGGAAAUUUUGAGAAUGAAAAUAAUGCAUUAAUUUGUUCAGGAGACUUAAAAAAGGAAUUAGAAGAUUUACCUGCUCCUGUAAAUUUAAAAAGUAGAAGCAAUAAUUUUGAAUCUUAAUCUUUUGUGAAAAGAAUACCAAGUGAUUAUAAGUCUCCUAUUAUUGAUGAUACACUUAAAUUAAAUGCAACAUUUAAAUUUUAAUUUAGUUAAGAGAUUAAGAAUUUAGAGAGUGGAUAACUAAUUUCAUAAGAAAUUGAUAUUAAAAUAUAGUAAUAGUAGUAGUAGGAUUCACUUGAAUAUUCAAUUGAUGAAUCACAAGAUUUAGAACCUAUCUAUAUCACAACAAUAAGAGUUGAUAAUAUUCAUAUAGAUGUAUUUUAAAUAAUGGAUAUUUUAAGAUUUAAAGAUAAGAAUGACUUUUAUUAAUCAUUUGAUUUAAAAAUUUCUAAAAUACAAUAAUCAAAUUGUGAGUAUAUAAUCUAAAAUUUAUAUGUUUAUAUAAUAAAAGAUUGUAUUAAUUGUAUAGAAAGUAAUUAAAUAGUAAGAAUAUAAAGAUACUUAAAGAGAUAUAGAUUUGUUUAAUCAUGUGUAUUAACUCUAAAUAAUGAAUUUACUUUAAUUUGUUUAUUCAAAUCAUGUAAUUUAUGUAGUAAUAUAUAAAGUUUUUAAAAUAAGGUUGUGUAUUUAUGGAUAAAUAUAAUUUAGAGAGGAGAUUAUAAUUGAUAAAAUGAUAAUAAAAUAAAGAAAAAUAUUGGAAUAGAAUUUUUAUUCAAUUUGUCCAUUAUUAUUAUCCUCUUAAAUGGGAUUAGAAUAAAUUAUAUAGACAAUUAUAAAUGUUUUAGAUUCUUAGAGUGAGUGA